AUGCCAACUAGGGUUGAAUCAGCAGAGGUGAUCAGCGAGAGAUGUUUAUUUGGAAAAGAAAGUGAGCAAUCAAUUCGAAACUUGCAUAGUAUUACAUCUACUGCCUUGAAGGCAGCCCCGCGAACAACGGUGAAGUAUUCAUUGAAAACAACAAAACCUGAGAGUAAACCUCAAGAAACUGUUAUGGAACAAAAUUGUGGGACAUGUGAUAAUAUUACAGCAGAUAAGAUUACAAUUGCUCGACCGACAACUGAUAAUUAG